AUGGAAGACGAUAUGGAUAUUGAGUCUAUUGAUAAACGCGGUACCAAGCGCGCAGCAGAGGAAAAUGAGCCUCUGGAACCCCCUAAACCAAAGAAAAUUAAGGCUUUGGAUCCCGAUGUCGUAAAUAAAAUUGCUGCUGGGGAGAUUAUCGUUGCACCAAUGCACGCACUGAAGGAACUCAUCGAAAACGCCGUCGAUGCUGGCUCCACCUCAAUUGAAGUCCUGAUUAAGGAAGGUGGUCUGAAGCUACUCCAGAUUACUGAUAAUGGCCAUGGCAUUGAUCGAGACGAUCUCCCUAUCCUCUGCGAGAGGUUCACUACAUCCAAGCUCAAAGAGUUUGAAGAUCUGACCUCCAUUGGAACAUAUGGAUUCCGCGGUGAAGCUCUAGCUAGUAUCAGUCACAUCGCACAUCUGACAGUUACAACAAAGACUGCUGGAUCCAGCUGCGCCUGGCGAGCACAUUACGGAGAUGGCAAGUUGAUACCGGCAAAGCCAGGCCAGAACUCUACACCCAAGGCAACAGCCGGUCGAGGAGGAACUCAGAUCACCGUCGAGGAUCUCUUCUAUAACGUCCCCACACGACGGAGAGCUUUCCGCUCAGCAAGCGAGGAAUAUGCCAAAAUUCUCGAUGUCGUUGGCCGGUACGCAGUGCAUUGCUCAGGGGUCGCUUUCUCAUGCCGCAAGCACGGAGACUCCGGUGUGAGCAUCUCGACUCCAGUCAGCGCAAAUACUGUCGACCGGAUCCGCCAGAUUCACGGCAGUGCCGUGGCGAAUGAGCUUGUUGAAUUCAAAGCCGAAGAUACAAAGUUCGGUUUUCGUGCAUCCGGCUUCACUACUAAUGCCAAUUAUCAUGUUAAGAAGACAGUGAUUCUGCUUUUCAUUAACCACCGUGCAGUGGAGUCAACUGCUGUUAAACGUGCAGUUGAACAAACUUACUCUGCCUUUUUGCCCAAGGGCGGCCACCCUUUCAUCUAUCUUGAUCUCGAAAUCGAGCCUAACCGCGUCGAUGUCAAUGUACACCCAACCAAGCGCGAAGUGAAUUUCCUAAAUGAAGACGAGAUUAUCGAGCUUGUUUGCAUUGAAAUCCGAUCCAAGCUAGCUGAAGUGGACUCGAGUCGAACAUUCCUAACACAAAGCCUCCUACCUGGUGUGCAGACCAUCGAGUCCCUACAACGCGAUCAAGGCGCUCCAGCCCACGAGGGAUCAGCAGAGUCAGCAAAAGCUGGAGCGACACCCGCAACACCCGCAACAACAAAGAAACCCUACGAAAACAACCUCAUCCGAACAGAUUCCAAAGUCCGCAAAAUCACAGCAAUGUUAGGCCCAACCGCAGCGUCACUUCGCGACCCAUCCAACCCAGCUGCACCCACAGAAACCGACACCCCAGCAACAUCAACCCUAGACGACGGCCUCCAAUACGAAACAACAGAUCGCCAACCCCUAAAGAUCGCCCUCACUUCCGUCAAAAGUCUCCGCGCCUCUGUUCGCUCUGAAAUGCACAACACACUAACAGAGAUGUUUGCAUCACACACCUACGUCGGGCUGGUCGACGAGCGACGCCGACUCGCAGCAAUCCAAUCUGGCGUGAAGCUAUACCUAAUCGACUACGGACUCGCCUGCCACGAGUUUUUCUACCAGGUGGGCCUAACCGACUUCGGGAACUUCGGCAUAAUCCGACUCGACCCAGCGCCAAAGUUGGUAGAUCUACUGAAAAUCGCUGCCGAAUCGGAACGGCAUGAGCACCCGGACUCCAACGGGGAAGAAGCCGCUUCCAUCUUCGCCAAUGCACCUGAGAUGAUAGCUCGCACACUGAUCGAGCGUCGCGAGAUGCUGAAUGAAUACUUUUCGCUGCAGAUCAGUCCCGACGGAGAUUUGCUAGCCAUCCCGCUGUUGCUGAAGGGUUAUCUGCCUGCGCUGGCUAAACUACCUCGUUUCCUGCUGAGACUUGGGCCGUAUGUGGAUUGGAGUAGUGAGGAGGGUUGUUUCCGUACGUUUCUGUGUGAGCUAGCUGCUUUUUACACGCCUGAGCAGCUUCCAAUUCUUUCGCAGACAGUUGUAGCCGAUGGCUCUGGGGUCGAGGACGACGAUGCGUUUGUUAGAGCCCGUCGUGCGCAGAUGGUUCGCAUGUUGGAGUAUGCUGUAUUCCCAGCUCUGCGUGCGCGACUGGUUGCCACGUCACGACUGCUGCGGGGUGUGGUUGAGGUUGCAGAUCUGAAGGGUCUGUAUCGGGUGUUUGAGCGCUGUUGA